AUGUCUGAUGCUUCCACUGAGAAGAUUGAGGCAUUGACUGAUAAGCUGACACAGCUUACAGAAGUGGUGACUCAGAUGACUCAGAUUCGUGAUAAUCGGUCAUCAUCAUCGUCAUCGGCAACUCUUGUUGGUCUAAGACUACCUAAUGUCGUUCUGCCCGUCUACAGAUCGACGGAUGAUUUAGAUGACUUCUUGCAUCAAUUGAGGUCCAUUCUUGCGACUACAGAGACCCCUACGAAACAUUGGGUUGCUCUGCUGAAACAGCAAGUGAUGCAAGAUAAGAGGGCUUUCGAUUUGGUGAGGUUAGCUGAGUCUCAGUAUCAUUCUGAGCUCACGAGUGCUAAGUCAGAGGAGGACUAUCGUAACUACUACAAAAAAGUUCAGAGUUUCCUAUCUUCUAAAAGAGGGAAACCUAAGGAGGAGAAGACUCUCGAUCUACUCACCAAGUUCAAUGCUAUGUCUCAGAAUGUCGAUGAGACAGUAGAAGAAUUCUCUGUGCGAUUUCUGGAUCUCCAUCAUGAUCUGCAGAAGUUGAUCCCUAACAUCUAUGUGACAACCUCCCAGGAGGAGAAUGGAUCGACUAAGGUUAAUGACCUUCAGUUGCAGUUGCAGUUCAUUGUGAAGCUGCGGGAAGAGAUCCGUAAAGAGAUUGUUGCCCGACAGAUUAAGUAUGACUCUAUCCAAUUGUUACUUGAGGCGGCUAGACGUUUCGAGACCUUCCACAACCCGAAGACGAGCGCUCCCUGUCCAUCACCCAUAACUGACAACACAAUAUGGUGUUCGGCAUUGCAAUGCUAUAGGUGUGGAAGAGAAGGACAUUUUGCUCGAGACUGUAAGUUCGCCGAUAGAGGUUGGUCCAGAUGGCCGGCAGAGAGCCGAGUUUCUCACGCUGGCUGGAACCAGCAACCUAUCGAUAGGACUGGAAUCUCUCUAAAGCCAGCUAGCGAGCCUUGGUGCUCGACUGGCGCGGCAGAGAGCAGUCAAGGACCAAUAUCUCAGAGCACGUGGCCGCCUAGAAGCUUCUAUGAUCAAGCUUCCUUUGAUGAGUCACAAUGGGUAACCAAUAGAGAUUUAUUCUCAAACCAGACCUCAAAAGGUCGUGGUAAGGGGCGUAAAGGAGGAAAGGGCAAGGCCAAGGGGUACGGUUAUCGGCAGGGUACCGCCCGGAGAGGACAGGCUCCGAGGAAAAGAUAUAAAGUGAGUCUGCUGGAGUCAAAUCGCAGACAGCAUGAUGACCAGAGUUCCCCUAAUAUUUCGGUGCACCGACGAGAUAAGGAGGAGAAAGCAGAGGAUGCUGCUCACUCCAUGAUCGAUCCUCGAGAGAAGGACGACUUCCUUGCCAUGCCCCUAUAUGUGAAUGCCGGUGAUAUUGGACAAGAUGUAUCGAGACGCCAAAUCCUGGCCACUUCCAUAUCACCAAGGCAUGACUUGCCAGGUGUGAGAACACUCAUCGACACCUGUUGCAGUAUAAGUCUGGUGAGUCGAGAGCAUGCUAAAUAUUUACAAUCGUUGGGCUAUCGUUGCGGUAAGGUGGCAUCUCCCAUCGAAGUCGGUAUGGCAUCUGAAGAAGCGACCUUCACAACGUCACUAGUACAAGAAGUACCAAUGUGUUUCGAUGGUGAGAAAGAUCAUUCUGUGCGGAUGGAAUGUCCUGUGAUUGAUGGACUCCAAUGGCCCUUGAUACUGGGCAUCAACCACCUUACUCUGCUCAAUGCUCGUAUUAACUGUGUUGAUCGAAUUGUUCAAAUCGGCCACAAUCACUGGCGUACUGUGCUUGACUGUACGGAGAGUACAUCAGGCUCUCGCAGCGACUUGGUUAUGAAUACUGUUGACCUCGUCCGCUGUAAUUUCUCCACUCUCCUCCAGCCUGGGCUCAAUGAAGUAAAUGUGUGCUUUUCACAACAGCAUGUAUCACUACCGGACAAUCCUUGGGUGAAAGAUGUUGGUAUCAAUGGGAAUGGAAAGUAUUUUGUGGUCGACGGUCCGAUUGAUACGUCAUCUGUGAGUUUUGGCUCCUUCAACAUCCUCGUGGCAAACACAUCCCCGAAACCAAUACCAUUACGAAGCUACGAGCCCAUAGGCCGGAUUGUCAAUGGUGGUGGUGAAAGAGUCUCAGACUCUCUACGUGCCGAGCUCAGAAAGGAGAAAGAGAAGCUGGAUGAGGCCCGUGAGGAAAUUUUUCGUGAUCCUGAUCGUGAUUUACCGCCUACAGGAGAUCGAACUGGGCCGAGGCGAGACGAGGAGUACGCGGCUGAGGUGCUCAAGGCAAUAAAGUUAGAGGAAUGUAAGGACCUAUCUGUUGAGCGACGGGCUGAUCUGAAGUUACUUAUAACUAAGUACUGCCGAGCCUUCCAUCUGCCAGGUGAAAUAUUCAGUGAGAUUGAAGGGUACAAGCAUCGUAUUGAGACGGGUGAUCACCCACCAAUCUACUGUACUCCUUAUGCCUUCCCAGAGAGCCAAGUGCAGUUCGUGAAAACUGAACUAGAUCGGAUGGUAGCCGAGGGGAUCUGUAGACCAAGUAAUAGUCCGUGGAGCUCUCCUGUCUUGAUUGUGAGUAAGAAAGAUGAGCAUGGCGAGAAGGUUCGCCCUAGACUUGUAGUGGAUUAUCACAGGCUAAAUGCGAUAACUCAAUUCGACAGUUUUCCACUACCUCAGAUCAAUACUCUACUCUCAAAGUUGUCUGGGAAAUGCUACUUCUCCAAACUGGACAUGUACUCUGGUUUUUGGCACAUAGCCAUGGACGAGGCCCACAUUUGUAAAACUUCUUUUACUACUCCCUAUGGUAUAUUUGAAUAUCUCAGAUUGCCAUUCGGGCUCCAAGGAGCACCAGCAUCCUUUAUGCGCAUGGUCGUGAGUGUUUUCGCAGAUUUGCUCUGUGAGAGCGAUAGUAGGGGCCAUAUCCCUCUUGCGGCCUACAUGGACGAUCUGCUGGUGAGUAGUGUAUCUUGGCUUUGA